UCCCUGACCUCGAACUUAGGGAGGUAGAUGGGAUACCAAAUGUUUACACCACUUUCAGAAUAAGGUGGCCAUUUCCCCAAAUCCAUAAACUCUAAAACCCUAAUUUCCAAAACCCAAGUUUCUAUUAUCCUUAGUUUCCAAAACCCUAGUUUCUCUGCUCCUUCUAUUUUAUCUCUGAUUCGCCAUUUCCACAAAUCCAUAAACUCUAAAACCCUAAUUUCUCUAAUCUUGGACUGAAUUUGUUCAACAAUGUCUCGUUCUGUAUGCAGUGGAGGAGAUCCGGAACCCGUUUCUCUAUGCUCACAUCUUACAUCUUGUAAUUAAGAAUUUGAUGCACAACAUAGAGGUUUUGAUAGAUGAAGGUGUCCCUCAAUCAAAUAUUGUCAAGUUUCUAAUCAACAAACCCGUAUCCCUUGCCACAAGCAUCCUUAAAUUUAAUUUAAGGAGAUUGUAAAAGAGAUCAAGGGUAUGGGUUUUGAUCCUUCCAAAACUUCAUUUUUUUCUGCUAUUCAUGCAAUCAGGUCGAUGACUAAAUCAACCUGGGAAACAAAAUUGAAUGCUUUCAGGAAAUGGGGUUGGUCAGAAGAACAAAUUCAACAUGCAUUUAAGAUCCAUCCUACAUGUAUGACGGUAUCUGAGAAGAAGAUAUCAGAGAAUGUGGAUUACCUUGUAAACCAAGUUGGUUAUAGUUCAUUGCUUAUUGCUGGCUGUCCUCAGAUUUUGGUUUUUAGCUUGGAGAAGAGGAUUAUACCUAGGUGUUCUGUUUAUCAAAGUUUGGUCUUUAAGGGUCUCAUUAAUGAGGGUCAAGUUCCCUUACGUUCAGUUUUACGCAUGACCGAGGAGUCGUUUUUGGAUAAGAUUGUGAUCAAGUAUCAGGAAAAAGCUCCAGAGCUAAUGAAGAUUUAUAAGCAAGCAUUAAAUAGGCGUGUCAUGGAUGAAGGCGUGCAAGGUAGUGUUCUGAAGAAUGAAGAGGAGGAUAAGUCCGAGGAGGAAGAAGAGAUUGCUGUCGUCCCCUUGGAUGAGAAGGUAUUAGAUAAUAGUCAAGUGAGUGUGCUCCAGAAGAAAGUUGGUUUAGAUGCGGUAGAAGAAUCGAUGAAAGCUAUAUGGCCUAAGAAGGUUAUGAAAGAGUCAAAGAAAAAGAAGGUUAUGAAAAAGGUAAAGAAAAAAGUAGAAGAAUUAGAGGACGACCAAUUUAGUGCAAAGAAGAAAGAGAAGGAUAAGGAUAAAAACAAAGAAGAAGAGAUGGCUGUUGUCUGUAUGGUUGGGAAAGAGUUAGAAGAUAGUGACUUAAGUGUGCUCAAGAGGGAAGUUGGUAUAGAUAAGGUGGAAGUGUCAAAGAAAGCCAAAGGGCCUAAGGAGGCUUUUAAAAAAAAAGUUAAAGAAAAAAGUAGCAGAAGUGCAAGAUAAUGGAGCGAUCAAGUAUGUCGCAGAAGCUCCUGGGCUGUUGCAGUCUUUACUUGGCGCGUUUGUUAUUCCUGCUUCAUUAGCAUGAAAAGUCAAAGAAUAAAGUAGAGGAAGAGCAAUGUAGUGGUGCGAAGAAAGAAGAGCAUGAAAAGUCUAAGGAACAAGACGAGGUUGUUGCUGUUUCUAUGGUUGAGGAAGUGUUAGAGGAUAGUCAAGCAAGUGUGCUCGAGUGUAAAGUUUCUUUAGAUGAGGUGGACGAAUCGAAGAAAGCUAAAAAUAUUAAGAAGGCAUCGAAAAAGCAAGAGAAAAAGGCUACUGAAGUGCAAGAUAGUGCUGCCAUCAAGUAUGAUGUAGAAGUCCCUGAGCUGUUGCAGGCAUCUAAUAGGCCUGUCACGGGAGACUCACAAAAUGAAGAAGCAACUUUUUAUCCAGAAAGGGCUACGGAAUGUGCAGCAGGCCUACUAAAGGAGGCAAAAGUGGUUGUCAGAACUCAAGUUGGCAAACUUAACAAGAAAGCUUCAUUAAGUGAUCUUGUGAAACAAGAGGAGGAGUUGUGGAAGGAGGAAGUAUCGAAGAAAGCCAAAAAACGUAAGAAGGAUUUGAAGAAGAUAAAGAAAAAAGUGGACGAGGUGCAAGGUAGUGCUCUUGAGCUGUUGCAGGAAUCUGAUAGCCGUGUCAUGAAGGACUCACAAAGUGAAGAAGUAGCAUUUUGUCCAGAAAGGGAUGCAGAGAGUGUAGCAGCUCUACCUAAGGUGGCAAAAGUGGUCGACAAAAAUCAAGGCGGCAAACCUAAGAAAAAAGCUUCAUGGAGUAAUCUUGUGGAACAAGAGGAAGAGUUGAAGAAGAUAGAAGAAACGAAGAAAGCCAAAAAACUUAAGAAGGUUUCGAAAAAAGCAGAGAAGAAAGUGGAGGAUGUGCAUGCUAGUGUUGCGAAGAAGGAAGAUGAGGAUAAGUCUGAGGAAGUAGUUGUUGCCGUCCCUAUCAUCGAGAAAAUAUUGGAGGAUAGUCAUUCAAGUGUUCUUAAGAGGAAACUUGUUUUAGAUACCGUGGAAGAAACGAAGAAAGUCAAAAGAGCUAAGAAACUUCUGAAGAAGUCAAAGAAAAAAGUUGUGGAAGAGCAAUGUAGUUCUGCGAAGAAGGAAGAGCAUGAUAAGUCUAAGGAAGAAGAUGAGGUUGCUGCUGUUUCUAUGGUUGAGAAAGUGUUAGAUGAUAGUCAAGCAAGUGCCCUGAAGAGUAAAGUUUCUUUAGAUGAGGUGGAGGAGUCGAAGAAAGCUAAAAAAGUUAAUCAGUUAUUGAAAAAGCGAGAGAAAAAAGCCAAUGAAGUGCAAGGUGGUGCCGCCAUCGAGUAUGACGUAGAAGUCCCUGAGCUGUUGCAGCAGGCAUCUAAUAGGCCUUUCACGGAGGACUCACAAAAUGAAGAAGUAACUUUUUGUCCAGAAAGGGCUACAGAGAGUGUAGCAGGCCUACUAAAGGUGGCACAAGUGGUUGUCAAAAGUCAACCUGGCAAACUUAACAAGAAAGCUUCAUCAAGUGAUAUUGUGGAACAAGAGGAAGAGUUGUUGAAGGAGGUAGUAUCGAAGAAAGCCAAAAAACAUAAGAAGGUUUUGAAGAAGAUAAAGAAAAAAGUGGAAGAGGUUCCAGGUAGUGCUCCUGAGCUGUUGCAGGAAUCUGAUAGCCGUGUCAUGAAGGACUCACAAAGUGAAGUAGUAGCUUUUUGUCCAGAAAGGGAUGCAGAGAGUGUAGCAGCCCUAUCUAAGGUGGCAAAAGUGGUUGACAAAGGUCAAGGCGGCAAACCUAAGAAAAAAGCUUCAUCGAGUGAUCUCGUGGAACAAGAGGAAGAGUUGAAGAAGAUAGAAGAAACGAAGAAAGCCAAAAAACUUAAGAAGGUUUUGAAAAAGGCAAAGAAAAAAGUGGAGGCUGUGCAAGGUAGUGGUGCGAAGAAGGAAGAGGAGGAUAAGUCUGGUGAAGUAGUUGUUGCUGUCCCUAUCAUCAAGAAAAUAUUGAAGGAUAAUCAUUCAAGUGUGCUUAAGAGGAAACUUGUUUUAGAUACCGUGGAAGAAACGAAGAAAGUCAAAAAAGCUAAGAAACUUUUGAAAAAGUCAAAGAAAAAAGUAAAGGAAGAGCAGUGUAUUGGUGCGAAGAAGAAAGAGCAUGAUAAGUCCAAGGAAGAAGAUGAGGUUGCUACUGUUUCCAUGGUUGAAUAAGUGUUAGAAGAUAGUCAAGCAAGUGCGCUCAAGAGUAAAGUUUCCUUAGAUGAGGUGGAAGAGGCGAAGAAAGCUAAAAAAAAUACAGUAGGCAUUGAAAAAG